UUUCAUGAUGAAAAAAGCAAUGUGAACAAGCCACAUUAGGUUUUUACAAAAAGUGGUAAAGAAGGAAAGAGAGGUUUAACAAUUAGGAAACACCCAAAGCCAUGAAAUAUAUGCUAUGGCAAUGGACAGAUUGCUCUGCAAUAAACCAGUCAGUGAACUUUAGUAGAGUUCCUACCCUUCUAGUAUCCUGCAACUGUCAGCUGAAGAUGGAAAACAGGAAGAUCUUAGAUGAAGGACAUUAUAAUAUGUUGUGAUGUGAAAUAAUUAAGGCUUUAACCACAUUCAUAGUAGGAAACAGAAGAAAAGAGAAAACUUUGAGAUUAAGAAAUUGGCCAUUACUUGAAUUUAAAAAAUAAAUAAAUCCAAAAGACAGAGAGGAAUUGUUAUAAUACCUCCAAAAUUACGUACCUGAGCAAAGGAUAGAUUGCAGCAGAAUCUAACAGUAAAGAGGAAGUCAGAGAAUAAUGGGGAAAUGAGCAUAAACAACACGUUCCAUUUCAUAAACAGUUAAUUUAAGUAACUGUUGAUAGCCCAGAAGAAAGCAUGGGAGGUGGUAAUUAAAAGAAAAAGACAAGAAAGAAACUAGGUGAGAAAAUCUAUUACCUUAAAAAGAAACAAAUCAUCUGCAUACAAUACUAACAAACUAUAAUAACUUUUAAGAGAAUAUAAAGAACAAUAGAAUGAAAAGAGGAAAAAUAUCAAGAACUGAAACUUGGAGUACCCCAACAUCAACAGAAGAAGAAACAGAAACAGAAACUGAGGAGUAACUUAAGAACAAAACAAAGACAGCAGUCAUGAUAGUUGAAAUCAUAUAAGCAAGCAAUAUGAAAGAAUGACUCAAAAGAUGCAUCUAAAAGAAGCACCAAGAGAAGACCCUGAGAUCUUGCAAUUAAGUCACUGCAAAUGCAAGUUAAAGUACUGUAGUUUUAGCAGAUUGAUAAGCAUGAAAACCAGACUGAAAUUUGAUCAAUAAUUGCAUUUGUAGAAAGAAAAUACACAGAGCCAGACAUCCCAAGAUUAUGGAAAGAAGUAAAAGGGAAUGGAAGAUUUAAAAGAAUUAUGUGAGCUCCUUUAUAAUAUUCAGAAGAUUCAACCAGAACAGUGUAAUUAAAGGACAAGUACAAAACAAAUGUUAAAUGCUGGCUUUAGGGCUUUGAUGUCUCCAACAACUGUUUUGACCAGACUUAUAAAUAUGUGACAGCUGCACAGGGGUUAAGUCCUUUUGGGUUAUGUCAAAGUGGUAGUUUUAAAGGAUGAUUUAGAACUAGUUUUUGUUUGUUACUAGCUUCAAGACUCUGUAUCUAAGUUCUUUGGAAAUGUUCAUAUCCACAUUCAUUAACAGAUUAGUAUAAAAAGACUGGUUCCAGAUUGGCAAAGGAGUAAGACAAGGCUGUAUACUUCCUCCUUCUUUAUUCAACUUAUAUGCUGAACAUAUAUUGGGAGAAGCUGGAUUGGAAGAAGAUGAGUGUGGUCUUAAAGGUGGAAGAAGAAACAUCAAUAGCCUGCACUAUGCUGAUGACACCACUCUGAUAGCUGAGAAUGUGGAUGAUCUGCAAGCUCUAGUAACUGAUCUGCAAGCUCUAGUAAGGAGCACAGUGAGUGGGGGGGAAAUGGGACUAAGACUAAGUGUAAAGAAGACAAAACUAAUGACAAUGGGUACAGCAACCUGUACAAAGUGGUGGAUAGCUUCUGCCUUUUAGGAUUGACCAUCAAUGGUAAAGGAUCCAGCAGUCAAGAAAUACGCCACAGACUAGCACUUGAUAGGGUUGCAAUGAAGGCCUUGGAAAGGUUAUUUAGAUGCUGUGACGUGUCUAUACCUACAAAGAUUAGGAUCAUUCAGACAAUGGUUUCCCCCGUGACACUCUACAGAUGCAAAAGCUAGACUUUGAAGAUAAAAAAAGUAUUAACGCUUUUGAACCUUGGUGCUGGAGAAUACUUUUGAGGAUACCAUGGACAGCCAGGAAAACAAACAAAUGGAUCAUAGAACAAAUCAAUCUAGAAUUUUCACUUGAGGCCCAAAUUACCAGGCUUAAACUAUCAUACUUUGGACACAUUAUGCGAAAUAUCAGCUCCCUUGAGAAGUCCAUAAUGCUGGGAAAAUUUGAAGGAAAGAGAAGAAGAGGACAACCAGUAGCAAGGUGGAUGGACUUGAUUAUGACAGCAAAGAAUGCACCACUGAGAGACCUUAAAGGCCAAGCUGAAGAGAGAUCAUCCUGGAGAGAAUCUAUCUAUGUGGUCGCUAAGAGUCGACUCCAACUUGACGGUACUUAAUCAAUCAAUCAAUAAACGUAAUUGGGACAUUGCACUACUUAACAAAAUUUACUUAUUUUAGAACAUCAGAACUGAAUGUAAAAUCAGAUAAAUUUGUACAAUGAUGGAUUCUCUUUAUUACUUUUUGGAAUUCAAAAUAUAAUGAUGAUGUACUCACGUACUGUUUCCUUUGUUGUAAUUGUAUGGUGUAUUCUUUGUUAUAGUUGUAUUUCUGUAUUAAGAUAUUUUCUCAUUUAAAAAGAAGAUUAAAAAGAACUCUAGAGAAGGGUUGUUGUUUUUCAAGAAUAAGUAGAACAAUAGCUGAUCCGAGUGAGAAAGGAAAGAAAAUAAAGAUUGAAGUUAUAAAGGAGGAAGAAUUUGAGCAAGAUACUUCAAGGACGGAAAGGGGAUUAUAUCCAAGGAAGCAGGAGUUGGGUUGGCAGACAUAAAGACUGGGGAAAGCUCUGUAUUGGAAAUGGGACUAAAAUGAGAGAAAAUAGUCUAGAUGGAAGAUACAACAGAAGGAGAAACAACUGUGGAAGGAAGAUGCAGGGGAAGAAGAGUAGAGGCUGGAACUAUAAAAGAAGCAUGAGUAUGAGAAACCCUGGGAGUGGGGGACAGAAACAAAUGAAGGCCUAGAUAAAAAGGAGCAGGAGGAUGUUGAAAGUAACUGGCUGUCACAAAAUGAAGAGAAGAAGAUGAGUGAGAAGAAGCAAUGAGAGUAAGCCCCAUAGUACACCAUUCUGUGGUGAGCCUUAUUCUCUUCCUUUCUUUAAAUAGCUCUUUUUUCCUUUCUAAUGAUGCUAUUUAGAAAGUUAUUUCUUUCUAAAGAAAUAACUCAUUGAUGGUUGAGUCUGAGCAGCUAAAGGAUAUUUUCUGUACAUAUAACAAGGAAAAGACAGCUCCAUGGCAUCCUCAUUCUUGUCUGCCUCUUUACUAUGCUUUCAUGCAUGAGCACAUGUGUUUCCUAAAUCAUGUGCCACUCUCCCAUCUCUCCCAGAAGCUAUAUGCUGAAACAAGUCCACAUUAUAGGCUAGGGAAGUACACAAGCCGGUUCGGCGCCUCCUCUGAGAAGUGCUGAACCAGCUCGGGCGCCUGCCACGUCCGUACUGAUGCAACGUGGAGACUGUAGGGAACAGCGCCACAGCCACGUGCUUCCUUUUGGAGACCAGCCACUGGCACCAAAAAGGCAAUGGAGCAGUGGACGAGCAGGUAAGGAGAUCCUUACCUGCUUUUUAAGGGAACUGCUUCCUGCCCUGCUAGCAGCUGCAUGAAUGGCUGAAUUGGUCUUCCAACUGGUGGGCCAUCAUCUGAACUAAGGUGAGUUGCAACAAUGAUACUACCACAAUGUUUGUAAAAAAUAAUAAUUAAGCAACAGUUUUCAAGCUGUAAAACUAUUAUAGGACUAUGUAAUGCCAGCUUCAUCUAUCAUUGAGUAUAUUUAAAAGGGGUAGCCAUGAUAGUCUGCUCAGCUGCAGCAUUAGAAACCAAGUUUCCUGCAGUGCCUUAAAACCAAGGAGAGCCUCUUUUCACAGCCAGUGAGAAAGGCUAGAGGGUGGGUUGUGGGGAAGGCUUGUUAAACCUACCUCCCACACAGAUGAGCAGUCCUUCCUUGGGCAGGCAGAUUGCCUGCCCAGAUGAGCACCGGCUCCUGCCGGUAGUGCUGAGGGUCGGGGUGCCAAGACAUGCUGCCCUGCAUUGCCCUGCCCCCUGGAGCUCCAAUAAUAAUGCAACACAUGAGUGCACAGUGCAUUAUUGGGAUCCCCUCCUGGGGCUAGGAGAGUGCUUGCUCUCCUAACCCUGUUUUGAGGGGAGGCCCCACAAGCAGGUUUGUGGCCCUGGUGCCACCGGGAUCAGACGCGAUCUCGGUGGUUCACAUGCGCGUGCAAAACCAGGCUGGAUUCCCUCAGCCUGGAUUUGCAUACACGUGUGAAUAGCCUGUUACUGUAGCAUGUUGAACAUGCACCCCUGGAUACCAGUGGAGCCUCUGCUCCCCUAUUCAUUGGUGCCAAGUGCUGCUGCCAGCCAACACAACGUGAGUAGUAGAGGUACAUACCUGCUGUCAAAAAACCAUGUGCUUUUGUUCACAAACAAAUGCACAUGGCUGGAGGGUGACAUCAUAGUGACAUCACGGGGCGGGGCGGUGCAGCUGUCAAAAUGUGCUUAUGUCACUGGAAAUACGUCACCAGAUAUGCAUCAGUGGAAAUACAUCCGCAGAAAUGGUCAGAGGAGACCCCCACAUGGCCAGAAAGGGUCAGAAGUAGGGGUACGCCCUCACUCUGGAAGUUUGGCCCCCACCCUUCCACUCCUACCCCCAAAAUAUGUCCAGGCAUGUCCCGAAGGUGGGCAUGUGAUCCCUCUACGAACACGCCUAGCCAUCCUGGACCAACAGGAACAGAUUUCAGACCCCAGAAAGGUCCGUGUGUGCCGGCGUGAUAAUGGUCAGGUGGCCAUUUUGUGUAACUUUAUUGGCUGAAACGGGGUCAAGUGACCCCUCUAUGAAUAAGCCCCACCACCCUGGUUCUGUAGGAUUAGGCCGUGUCUCUCUGAGCCAUUUUGUUUUGCAGACUCACUGUUUGAGCGAUCAUGGGCUCCCCAGAGAGAUCCUUGGAGACUAUUGUACAACAAACAGUUGUAAAGCCUAGCCCAAGAAAGCAGUAUAUUAGCACAAGUUCUGAUGAUGAGAAACUCCCACCUGCCAAGCGUCCUGAAGAAGAAGCCCAAGAGGUUUAUGAAAUCCGGCAGGGAAUCUUGGAGGUUGCAGCAGUAGAACCUUUUGGAGCCCAGGAGGGUGAAGACCGAUGUCUUGACACACACCCUCUAGCAAUGUGGAACUAUGCAGAGCCUGGGAACAUGCAUAUCAGGAACCCUCCUGCCGUGAGAACACAUCAACACAGUCAUGUUACUAUGCAGAAUUUCCUAGGACUACAAGUGAAUGAUUCAGAUUACAUACCAGCAAGGAAAAGGCGAUCUGCUAUGAAAGGGCUUGUCAGAGCAGGGGUAUAUGGAAUUUUAAAAUACUGCCUGAAGAAUUACAUGCAUGAGUCAUGCUACGGGAGUAUGGUUCAAGAAGGGGGUCAAGACUCACAUGAAUGUGUCACCUGGACUGAAAGAAAUAUAUCCAGAUUUAUUAGAAUAUUGUCUUCAAGGAUGUGUGUGAAAGCAGUGCUCCACAUAAUCAUUAUAAUUGGUUAUAGUCUGAAAAUACUAAUGCUGACUAGUGAAACAGUGGAUCAGACUCUAAAUCUCAUAACCAGUGUUAAGGAUUCUGAUGACCCGAAGGUGGUGUUAGAAGCUAUCCUGCACCAGAAAGAUUCCAGAGUGCUCUCUUUUGUGAACUGUGUCCCCGAAAAAAGAGAGUACAGACAAUUUCUUGUUCCAGAGGCAGCUGUAUAAAUUCCCUCACAAAAGUAUAAAUGUGUUGUUUGUUGUCAACACAUCCUUAACAUGGUCUCUAUGCAGAAGAAACACAACUUCAGACUGCAUCUGUUUUUUUCUAUUAAAUGCUAUUUUAUUAUGUAUCAUUUCAUAAAAAUAAAAAUUGGCAAGA